UUUGUUUGAUUUUCGUUGCAGCUUGCUAUUACAUAAUGCCUAUCCCAAAGAUAAAAUACUCUUCCUCAAGUGAUGAGCAAACAUCAGCAAAUUCAGCAAGUUCUGAGGUGGACUCUCAUGAAUCCUGGACCCCAAACAAACAUGACAGCAACCCAUACUUACAAUUCGAGUUCACUCCAGGGAAUACAGUUAUUGGUAUACAAAUCAAGGGCAAGGAAGAAAAGAACGAGUGGGUUACAAAAUUCACAAUUUCCUACAGUGUUGAUGGAAUUGUAUGGAUUCCGCUAAACAAGAUAUUUGAUGGCAACUCCGAGGAACACAAGGAAACCAUCAUCUUUUUCGACCAAUCUAUCCCCUCCGAUGCUGCUUAUGUUCGUGUUUAUCCUGUUGAAUAUCAUGGGCACAUCAGCUUACUUGCUCAACUUCUACAAGACUGUCUGAAUAAGACAACAACUGAAGCACCAACAACGCCCACUCCCUACCCCUACACUUGCUAUUACAUAAUGCCUAUCCCGAAGAUAAAAUACUCUUCCUCAAGUGAUGAGCAAACAUCGGCAAAUUCAGCAAGUUCUGAGGUGGAUUCUCAUGAAUCCUGGACCCCAAACAAACAUGACAGCAACCCAUACUUACAAUUCGAGUUCACUCCAGGGAAUACAGUUAUUGGUAUACAAAUCAAGGGCAAGGAAGAAAAGAACGAGUGGGUUACAAAAUUCACAAUUUCCUACAGUGUUGAUGGAAUUGUAUGGAUUCCGCUAAACAAGAUAUUUGAUGGCAACUCCGAGGAACACAAGGAAACCAUCAUCUUUUUCGACCAAUCUAUCCCCUCCGAUGCUGCUUAUGUUCGUGUUUAUCCUGUUGAAUAUCAUGGGCACAUCAGCUUACUUGCUCAACUUCUACAAGACUGUCUGAAUAAGACAACAACUGAAGCACCAACAACGCCCACUCCCACCCCUACAGUGAAAACAACAACAACCACAACACCUUGCUAUUACAUAAUGCCUAUCCCAAAGAUAAAAUACUCUUCCUCAAGUGAUGAGCAAACAUCAGCAAAUUCAGCAAGUUCUGAGGUGGACUCUCAUGAAUCCUGGACCCCAAACAAACAUGACAGCAACCCAUACUUACAAUUCGAGUUCACUCCAGGGAAUACAGUUAUUGGUAUACAAAUCAAGGGCAAGGAAGAAAAGAACGAGUGGGUUACAAAAUUCACAAUUUCCUACAGUGUUGAUGGAAUUGUAUGGAUUCCGCUAAACAAGAUAUUUGAUGGCAACUCCGAGGAACACAAGGAAACCAUCAUCUUUUUCGACCAAUCUAUCCCCUCCGAUGCUGCUUAUGUUCGUGUUUAUCCUGUUGAAUAUCAUGGGCACAUCAGCUUACUUGCUCAACUUCUACAAGACUGUCUGAAUAAGACAACAACUGAAACACCAACAACUCCCACUCCCACCCCUACAGUGAAAACAACAACAACCACAACACCUUGCUAUUACAUAAUGCCUAUCCCGAAGAUAAAAUACUCUUCCUCAAGUGAUGAGCAAACAUCGGCAAAUUCAGCAAGUUCUGAGGUGGAUUCUCAUGAAUCCUGGACCCCAAACAAACAUGACAGCAACCCAUACUUACAAUUCGAGUUCACUCCAGGGAAUACAGUUAUUGGUAUACAAAUCAAGGGCAAGGAAGAAAAGAACGAGUGGGUUACAAAAUUCACAAUUUCCUACAGUGUUGAUGGAAUUGUAUGGAUUCCGCUAAACAAGAUAUUUGAUGGCAACUCCGAGGAACACAAGGAAACCAUCAUCUUUUUCGACCAAUCUAUCCCCUCCAAUGCUGCUUAUGUUCGUGUUUAUCCUGUUGAAUAUCAUGGGCACAUCAGCUUACUUGCUCAACUUCUACAAGACUGUCUGAAUAAGACAACAACUGAAGCACCAACAACGCCCACUCCUACCCCUACAGUGAAAACAACAACAACCACAACACGUAAGGCCAUAUAA